CCAUUGGCUCGGGUGUCUAUAAAUGCCAGAUGCACGGUGGCCCCGAUAUUUAGUUACGAAGCUGACGCCGAGUUUGUACGAGCAGUCUAUUCGAAGUCAUUAAUAGUGCAGUUUUUGCGUUGCAUUUAAUCGCGUUAUUAAUAAGUUUCACAACAGAUAAACAUGCAGAUUUUUGUCAAGACCUUGACGGGGAAGACCAUCACCCUCGAAGUUGAAGCAUCUGAUACGAUCGAAAAUGUGAAGGCCAAGAUUCAGGACAAAGAGGGAAUUCCACCAGACCAGCAGAGAUUGAUCUUUGCAGGAAAACAGCUCGAAGAUGGCCGCACCCUUUCCGAUUAUAAUAUCCAAAAGGAAUCCACCCUCCAUCUAGUCCUUCGUCUUCGCGGAGGUAUGCAGAUCUUCGUGAAGACCUUGACUGGCAAAACCAUCACCCUUGAAGUUGAGGCUUCUGACACGAUUGAAAAUGUGAAAGCAAAGAUCCAGGACAAAGAGGGAAUCCCACCAGACCAGCAGAGGUUGAUCUUUGCUGGAAAACAGCUCGAGGAUGGCCGCACUCUUUCCGAUUAUAACAUCCAGAAAGAAUCUACUCUUCAUCUGGUCCUUCGUCUCCGCGGAGGUAUGCAGAUCUUCGUCAAGACCUUAACUGGCAAAACUAUUACCCUUGAAGUAGAGGCUUCGGACACAAUUGAAAACGUGAAGGCGAAAAUUCAAGACAAGGAGGGAAUCCCACCAGACCAGCAGAGGUUGAUCUUUGCCGGCAAACAGCUUGAGGAUGGCCGUACGCUUUCUGAUUACAACAUCCAGAAAGAAUCAACUCUUCAUCUUGUCCUUCGUCUCCGUGGAGGUAUGCAAAUCUUUGUCAAGACCCUAACUGGCAAAACCAUCACGUUGGAAGUCGAGGCCUCCGACACUAUUGAAAAUGUAAAGGCAAAGAUUCAAGACAAAGAGGGAAUUCCUCCAGAUCAGCAGCGUUUGAUCUUUGCUGGCAAGCAGCUUGAAGACGGACGUACGUUGUCGGACUACAAUAUUCAGAAAGAAUCCACCUUACAUUUAGUUCUUCGACUGAGAGGUGGAAUGCAAAUUUUCGUUAAGACUCUCACUGGCAAAACCAUCACGUUGGAAGUCGAGGCCUCCGACACUAUUGAAAAUGUAAAGGCGAAAAUUCAAGACAAGGAGGGAAUUCCUCCAGACCAGCAGCGUUUGAUCUUUGCUGGCAAGCAGCUUGAAGAUGGACGGACCUUAUCAGACUACAAUAUCCAGAAAGAAUCUACUCUUCACUUGGUUCUCCGACUACGUGGUGGGAUGCAAAUUUUUGUCAAAACAUUAACUGGAAAGACAAUCACUUUGGAGGUUGAGGCUUCGGACACUAUUGAGAAUGUGAAAGCUAAAAUUCAGGACAAAGAGGGAAUUCCUCCAGACCAGCAGCGUUUGAUCUUUGCUGGAAAACAACUCGAAGAUGGCCGCACUCUUUCGGACUACAACAUCCAAAAAGAAUCCACCCUGCACCUUGUCCUUCGGCUGCGAGGAGGGAUGCAAAUUUUUGUGAAGACUCUUACUGGCAAAACCAUUACCUUGGAAGUCGAGGCCUCCGACACAAUUGAGAACGUAAAAGCAAAAAUCCAAGACAAAGAAGGCAUUCCACCAGACCAACAGCGACUCAUCUUUGCUGGAAAGCAGCUUGAAGAUGGACGAACCUUGUCUGAUUACAACAUUCAAAAGGAAUCAACCUUACAUCUGGUUUUAAGGCUGCGUGGAGGUAUGCAAAUUUUUGUCAAAACUCUUACUGGAAAGACAAUUACUUUGGAAGUCGAGGCAUCUGAUACAAUAGAGAACGUGAAAGCAAAAAUUCAAGACAAGGAGGGAAUCCCACCAGACCAGCAGAGAUUAAUUUUUGCUGGAAAACAGCUGGAAGAUGGGCGUACUCUUUCCGACUAUAAUAUUCAAAAGGAGUCCACCCUUCAUCUGGUUCUCCGACUACGUGGCGGUAUGCAGAUCUUUGUCAAAACCUUGACCGGCAAAACUAUCACCUUGGAGGUUGAGGCGUCUGACACAAUUGAAAAUGUCAAGGCCAAAAUCCAAGACAAAGAAGGAAUUCCUCCAGACCAGCAGAGGUUGAUAUUCGCAGGGAAACAGCUGGAAGAUGGGCGUACCCUUUCAGAUUACAACAUUCAGAAGGAGUCUACUCUUCAUCUGGUUCUUCGGCUCCGUGGUGGAUCUCUCUAAAGUCAAGCUGGAAAAUUCCAAUAUCUGAUCUCGCUGAUAUGAUCUAAAUGAAAAAUUGAUAGUAUUGAUAGCGUUAUUGAAUUUUUUUUACUUUCUCCAAUAAUAGUGCUUUCACCAAAAUGUGAUAAUAUUGAUUUAUGCUUCAGCAGCUAAUAAAGAAUUCAGUUUAAAAUGUGA